GCGAGGGGCGUGGCCAGCCAGGGCAAGAUGGCGCUGAACCGGAGCCACUCGCAGGACGGCGGUGUCGUCAUCCCGAACGCUGAGAGUGUUCUCAAACAGUGCAAAGAUGUGGAGCUCUCCUUCAGUGACGUGACAGGCAAGCCUGAAGCCUUCAGGGGCACCAAGAAAGGGAUGCUGUAUCUCACCCCUUACAGGAUGAUCUUCGUGUCGAAGGGCAAGGAUCCCAUGCUGUCUUUCAUGAUGCCAUUUUACUUGGUGAAGGGAUGCUCCAUCGAGCAGCCUGUUUUCUCUGCCAAUUACAUCAAAGGACAGAUUCAGGCCGAGGCAGGAGGUGGCUGGGAAGGGCAGGGGACGUUUAAACUGACUUUCAACAGUGGAGGAGCCAUUGAGUUUGGACAGCUGAUGCUCAAAGCUGCCUCUAGUGCUUCCAGUGGCGUUCCUCUCCAGAACCCCGGCUAUGGCUAUACACCUGUGCCAGGAGGAUAUGCACCUGCUCCGCCUGCUCCAGGGGGCUAUGCACCUAUGCCGGGAGGCUAUGCUGCUCCUCCGCAACCAAACGGACCAUAUCCUUAUGCACCACCUCCAAUGAAUGCCUACGGACUUGCUCCACAGCCCACAGGAUACCCAUAUGCCCAGACUCCAGGUAUUUACCCACCACUUCCAAACAUGAACUCCAUGUAUGUGCCACCUCCUCCCCCCUACUCCAGCCCAUCUCCUGCAGGACCCUCAGCCCCCUCAGCUCCUGCAGCCUGGGUGGGCCCGGGGAUGCCAGGAGACAGUAAGGCCAUGGAAGCUGCUUCCAGUGCGUACUACAACCCUGCCAACCCACACAAUGUGUAUAUGCCCAUGGAUCAGCCACCUCCUUAUGCACCUCCUGAGGAUAAGAAGAACAACUAACAGAAGGAAAUGGCAACCAGCGUCCCACAGUUUCUCUCUCCCUGAAGACACCUUGGCUGUUACUACCCCCUCGGGUUAGCCUAUCUCGAGGUCUCUGUAUGUAUACAAUGUAUGUAGUGCUGGGCAGCUGAGCACCUGGCCCUUCUUAAACCUUUUGUUGGUGGCAAUACAAGGUGGAUCAACAGCACUUUCCUGCUUAUUUGCUUUAUCUCAUGGGGUCGAAGCACUAACCUUUUGCUCUGUCAUUGGCUUGAGGAGAGAGAUGGACUUCUGAAACGACCAGUAGACUACAUCACUCAUCUAGGACUAAAAUAUGAAGGCUCUGGGAUCUUGGAGUAAAACUACACAGAAUGUCAAACUUCUGACUUCUUCUGAAGCACCAUCCAAAGGGAAAGGUAUAGAGAGCCACGAGGUUCCUUCUGUAGACCCUUUGGGUGACCCAGAAAUGCGUUAAAUUUCCUCAAAUUCUAGCACAGCUCAGCAUGAGAUGGGACUCUGGAAAUCCUAUAUCAUGCUGGAAGCCUUUGUUUUGUAUCCUGGACUAACAGUUAUGGUGUGAUGAUCUUGGGAAGUGGAUCGUAAGAAACACUGAAGCAUUUGGCUGUGCGAGAGGGAGGGGAAGAGGCCCCAGUCAGCCUGCCUUUGUAGGCAUUGAAUAGAAAAGCAAACAAAGCUGUGCUGCAGGGCACUGAGCAGAGGGCAGGCAUGCGACUCAGUGUUACUUUCUCUGUCCUGGAAGCGGGUUCCACAUCCGUGCAAUGAUCCUCUGUCAAGCAGCUGUUCCUCAAGCCUAAUGGAGUCAAGUGCUGCACGGGAGGCUGCUUGCCUCCCAGCAAAAUACGUUCCAGGAAGAAGAUGACCUGGCACCAGCCGUCAGGAGACGUGUCCCCCAGCACUGGCUCCCCCUGCUGAGAGAACUUGCACUGCGUGCCAGCUCCACAGGGGGAAACCAGCCUUCCUCUCUUCCUUGGGCUGCUGCAGCCAGGGCCUAUGUGCCGACAUGGGAGCAGCGUGGGCAGGUGCAUGCUGGAACACGGGAGUGAGGCUGCUUAGGGAUGCCGUGCCCUCUCUCAGCUGGGAGCUGCUGUCUGGUGUUGGUAAUGCUCAGCUCUCGUGCAGAGACUGGCAGCUCAGCCAUAACCUUUCCUUCUUCCGUAGGACAUGGUGCCAUUAAACCCACUGCAGAGAGUCUUUUUAAUUUGGUGGAGACCCUGGUGAUACUUUAGAUAUGGGAUGAUCAUAGUUCUUCCUGCCUUCACAGUGAAGGGGAAAGUGUUUUCCCUCUUGCUUCCCUGUGUGCCAGGACUUUCCUGCAAGCCAGGCUGGUACAACUUGGAGUGUGAAUUUCUGAAGCAGCCCUGUGUGUGGGGAAGUAAAUUUCCUUAACUAUAAACACCUUUUAUGUUUGAAUUAGAAAUAUUCUAAGAACUCUGUAUUUAAAACAAAACAACAAAAAAACAACCAUGAAUGUUUGUAACUUUUUGCACUUUAAUACAGGAGUGUUGAUACCUUUAGCUGCUUGUUCACUGUUAUGUGUGUUGACUUUCAUUCCUGCCUCCUGCACAGAAGGUUGGAACAAACUACAGCCACUGGUGGUGUUCCCUUGGGUCAGCUGUGGGCCAGUCCUUUCUUCUUGGUGCAUGGCAAAACUGGACCUGGAAUCAAGUAACUGGGGGGAGAGAAGAAGAUGAGGGUCAUCAUCUUGCUGCCUGGAGAGAGUUGAAGGCUGGUUUUUGCCUUUGCUCUCGCUCAGGUACCCCAAACUGGCACAUCCUCAUGGCGUCAGGGCAGGCACCACUGCAUUUGGCAGGAGCUGGAUCACCACCGUGCUGCUCUGUAUGGCUGUGUUUGCAGCACCUCUUCUGUGCACACCUACUGCCAGAGGAAAGGCCUGUCUCUAAGAUAAACUCCUUGCUAGCUGUUGGGUUUUUUUUCAGUGAGGGAACAAAAAGACAUGGUAAAGAGUAAUGGCACUUAACUGUGAACUGUGAAAUAGGUUUCCCCUUGUGCCAAGGAAAGUUAUUUCCCUGCUGAACAUGAUGGAACUCUGGAAAGCCAUUUCCUACUCGGCAUCAGUCCAGCCUCUGACAUGAAACCAGUUCUGUUUCUUUGCAUAGUUGUUCCUGUUUUGAGAUAAUUACCCUCUAAUCCUACAUUAAUCAACUAACAACACUGAAUAAACAUGAAACAGAGAGCA